AUGGCUGGUCAAAUUAAACUUGAGUGUUGUGGAAGAACAAUGCGGUAUUUUCUUGUUGGAAGUAAUCCUGCAGAAACCAAAUACCGUGUUUUGAAAAUAGAUCGCACUGAACCAAAGGAUUUGGUUAUAAUUGAUGAUAAGCAUGUGUAUACACAACAAGAGGUGAGGGAACUUCUUGGCCGUUUAGACCUGGGAAACAGAACAAAGAUUGGGCAGAAGGGCUCUUCUGGGUUAUCUCGAGCUGUCUCUGCUUUUGGUGUAGUAGGCUUUGUCAGGUUUUUAGAAGGCUACUACAUUGUGUUAAUAACAAAAAGAAGAAAAAUGGCAGAUAUUGGAGGUCAUGCAAUAUAUAAAAUAGAAGAUACAAAUAUGAUCUACAUUCCAAAUGACUCUGUAAGAGUCACUCAUCCUGAUGAAGCCAGGUAUCUGAGAAUCUUUCAAAAUGUGGACCUUUCUAGCAACUUCUAUUUUAGUUACAGCUAUGAUCUAUCUCACUCCCUUCAGUAUAAUCUUACUGUCCUGAGAAUGCCACUUGAGACAUUAAAAACUGAAACAACUCAGACCCGUCAAGAGAGUUUUGAUAUAUUUGAAGAUGAAGGACUUUCAACACAGGGUGGAAGUGGUGUAUUUGGGAUUUGCAGUAAGCCUUACGAAAAGUAUGUGUGGAAUGGCAAGCUUCUGGAUGCAGUAAAAAAUACUAUUCAUCGUGACUGGCUGCUGUAUAUUAUUCAUGGAUUCUGUGGGCAAUCAAAACUGUUAAUAUAUGGUCGCCCUAUAUAUGUCACUCUCAUAGCCAGAAGAUCAAGCAAAUCCCCCGGAGAUGUUGCUAAUGAAGUGGAAACUGAACAAAUACUUUAUGAUGCUUCAGUUAUGUCAUUUUCUGCAGGGAGUUAUUCUUCCUACGUUCAGGUUCGAGGAUCUGUCCCUCUGUACUGGUCUCAAGAUAUUUCAACUAUGAUGCCUAAGCCACCCAUAACAUUGGACCAAGCAGAUCCUUUUGCACAUGUUGCUGCUCUUCACUUUGACCAAAUGCUUCAGAGAUUUGGCUCUCCCAUUAUUAUUUUGAAUCUUGUGAAGGAACGUGAAAAAAGAAAGCACGAAAGGAUUCUUAGUGAAGAACUUGUUGCUGCUGUGACAUAUCUCAACCAGUUUUUACCCCCAGAGCAUGCAAUUAUAUAUAUACCCUGGGAUAUGGCCAAAUACACAAAAAGCAAACUUUGCAAUGUCCUUGAUAGACUGAAUGUGAUUGCAGAAAGUGUAGUAAAGAAAACUGGAUUUUUUGUAAAUCGGCCUGAUUCCUACUGCAGUAUCUUGCGGCCAGAUGAAAAGUGGAAUGAACUGGGAGGUUAUGUUGUUUCCACUGGUCGCUUGCAGACUGGAGUUCUCCGAACCAAUUGUGUGGACUGUUUAGAUCGCACUAACACAGCCCAGUUUAUGGUGGGAAAAUGUGCUUUGGCAUACCAACUCUAUUCACUGGGAUUGAUUGAUAAACCAAAUUUACAAUUUGAUACAGAUGCUGUUAGAUUAUUUGAAGAACUAUACGAAGAUCAUGGAGACACGCUUUCUCUGCAAUACGGAGGUUCUCAGCUUGUCCACAGAGUAAAAACCUAUAGAAAGAUAGCUCCAUGGACUCAGCAUUCCAAAGAUAUUAUGCAAACACUCUCAAGAUAUUACAGUAAUGCUUUCUCAGAUGCAGACAGGCAAGAUUCUAUCAAUCUCUUUCUGGGAGUAUUCAAGCCUACAGAAGGAAAACCUCAUCUCUGGGAACUUCCCACUGAUUUUUAUUUGCAUCACAAGAACACCCUCAGUCUGUUACAGACCAGGCGAAGCUAUACUUACUGGUGGACCACAGGUGUGCUAAAGCAUUUACCUCUUCCUUUUGAUGAAGUGACAUGUGCUGAAAACAGACGGAAGUUGACAGUGAAAAAAUUCCACAAGUAUGAAGAGGAAAUUGAUAUCCACAAUGAGUUUUUUCGGCCGUAUGAGUUGAGCAGUUUUGAUGAGACCUUCUGCUUGGCAAUGACCAAUUCUACACGAGAUUUUAUGCCUAAGAAUGUGGGGAUUGAUCCAAGUCCAUUUACUGUUCGUAAACCUGAUGAAACUGGAAAAUCAGUGUUGGGGAACAAAAGUAAUAGAGAAGAAACCGUGCUGCAGCGCAAAACAGCUGCUAGUGCUCCUCCACCCCCAAGUGAGGAAGCAGUGUCAAGUAGUUCUGAAGAUGAUUCUGGGACAGACAAAGAAGAUGAAGGUGCUGUUUCUCAACGUUCAACUCCAGUAAAGGUGACUGAUACAGGAGACAAUACAAAAAUCACAGAGAAUGUAGUGCAAUCAACAAAAGAUGUGUAUGGAGUCAAUCUUUCAGAUGUUCCUUCGGAAGAUGAUCUCACAAUAUACGCUAGGUUUGUUCAACUGGGACAGAGUCAGCAUAAGCAAGACAAGAGCAGCCAGCAGUUUUGCUCAAAACACCACUUGGAUAGGGUUAUAAAUUUAAUACCCAUCUCCUCCUUUUCUCAAGACAAUAUUUACGAAGUCCAGCCUCCAAGAGCUGAUAGGAAAUCAAUAGAGAUUUUUCAUGCGCACAUUCAGGCUGGAAGAGGAAACAUGCAGCCACUGGGAAAAGAUGACUUCCUUAUGUACAGAGAGUACAUUCGAAACAGAUACUUGUAAAUACAGGUUGGAUUCUCCUGCCAAGUCUACUGUACUGAUAGGUCAUAAAAAUAAUUUUAGAAAGAAAACCUAGUUUGGUAUUUUGCAGCAAUAAAUUUAUUAUCUAACAUUUCUAUUUAUUAUGCUUUACUAUUAUACAUUUACAGAAUUGUGCUUUACAGGAAAAAAGUGAUUUGAUAUCUGCUCUUCAGCUGAAAGAGAAAGUGUAUCUUGAGAGACUAAGUGAGUAGUCAGAGCACCUACAGUCACUGAAGAGUAUGUAGCAAUUUAUGGCAAAGAAAAUACUGCAUCUUUAGGUUUUAUAUUUGUUUCUUACAUUGUUAUGUUUGCUAGUAAAUUUGAAGUGAUUUGUACAUAAGAAUCAGAAGAUAAUCGUUUUCUUCCUCUGUUCCAUGACAGCAAACAAUCUUUUUUUACAACAGAAUGUUUUCUGAUAUUUCUUGAUUUUUAGCAAACUGAGUGCUAAAAUGACUGCUUGUAAUUUACUGCUUUCUUAAGCAAAAGUGAAAAAUAUGUGGCUUAUUUCAAAAUCAAAAUUUGCAUCUAGACUAACAAACUUUGUAACCCUAAUUUGUGUCAAAACUCAUCUCCCUGGUGCUAAUAGCUACAGAAUCUGUGCCACAUGCAGGGUGAAAAUGGCUUGUGACUAAUUAUCAUGGGCUUCUAGUAGGAAUCUGAGGUGAACCACUUACUGACUGCAUCUGCAAAUGAAGGAAUGCUCUCCACUUUACUGGGUUCGGACUCUUAGAGGGCGCAAAACCAUCCUGUUGUUUUUCUGUAUGACAGGCGUUAUCCUUUUUGCAGCAUACUCUUUCCAUCCCUGUAUUUGUGCUCCUGCGAGAUGCUUUCAGGUUCAAGCCUACAGCCUCCCAAGAAACCAGUAUCAGUAAGUGAGGUAUAGAGACUGGAUCAGCUGGGGUGGUCACGCAAGAGGAAGCAGUAGUUGGGUUAGGCAAGACUGAACAUCAUGCCUGGUGCUAGGUAAGAAGUGGAGAGGCAGCAGGUAACUGAAAUAGGUUGUUUAAUUUGGGCUUGUGAUUAAAAGAUUUCUCAAAUUUAAAAAAAAAAAGAGGGGGAAACCCUAUUAUUUGCAAUUACAAGCUAAAAUUCCCAACACUGCUUUCUAGCCCUUUGCCUUGAAGAAUACCGACAGUGCCAGCAGAAUCCUUGACAAAUCAUGUUAUUCCACAAGCUUGUACAGACCAUAUUUCAGGAUUUUCUGGAAUAACUGAGUAACUGUUUUAGGGAUGUCAGCCAACUACAUGUACUAUGUAGAAAACAUGUUUGCAUUCAUAGUCAAUUGCUUGCAGGCGGCUACCCCAGAUUCUUGGCUGCAUGCUGCAAACAUAUUCUGAAUAUGUGUGCCUAUCUUAUGCAGUAAGUUGCACUUCCGUCAGUAAUUCAAUGAAAGAAAAGAUGCAGUGGAUGAAGGGAAAAGAUAGAAGUUUCUUGUGAUGGAAGUCUGUGUGUUUCAGGGAGUGACUUGUAUGCAGUCAGUGAGAGAACAUGGUACCUCAAGCUACCAAAAAAAUUUGGUGUCCAUUCCCUUUUGUUAAUUGAUUAAUACUGUUUUGAGAGAAAUUAAUGUAUUUUAGGAGAUGCGAGAAUGAAAUGUUGCUUUAGAUAAUACUUCAUUGCAACUGUCAAUGUUUUCUUUUCUCUGGGAAAAAAACUGUGCUGAAUUCUUUUGUCCAAUAUGAAAAACACUUUGAAGGAAUAAAUGCUUGCUUUGGAAAAAUGUAGAGCUGGAGUCCUUACCCUAAUGAGGCAAAUGCAUGCUUUUCUUGCUGCACUUAAACUAUUUCAA